AUAAUUCAAUAAAUGAAAGAACAAUAUAAAGAUAUUUUUCGCGAAACGUUUAUAAAAUUAACACAGUAUUUCGUGAUAUAUGUAUAAUCACUAAUUAAUACUUAGUAGGGUGUGGAAAUCUUUGAGUGUGUUCAAAGUGCGUAGUUCAUCGUUUGCUUCCAACCUUCCUCUUACGAGAAAUAUAUUCUUGUGUAAAAUACUGUAUCGUGAAAAGGCUUUAAGAUUUUUCAGUAAUAGUGGUAAAACUGUUUCUAAAUAUUGUGUAAAAAUAAAUUUUUAUUUGAUUAAAUAAUUGACAUGUAAUAGAAAUCGAUUCGUCGAUUAAUGUGAAACGCAUCUAAUGUAUGAAUCUUCUCUUUUUUGGUUUUAAGGGGGCAGAAUACUCGUGCCAUGAGCUGUAUGCGUGCACUUACACGCAAAUGCUGAAAGAUGCCACCAAAGCAGAGGAAAAUAGCUAUUAUGGGUUAUAGAUCCGUAGGCAAGUCAUCAUUGAGCAUACAGUUCGUCGAGGGACAGUUUGUGGAUUCAUAUGACCCUACUAUAGAAAAUACAUUUACUAAAAGUACCAGAGUAAAUAGUCAAGAUUAUGAAGUUAAAUUGGUAGACACAGCAGGUCAGGAUGAAUAUAGUAUAUUUCCUACACAGUAUUCUAUGGACAUCCAUGGUUAUGUCCUGGUAUACAGCAUAACCAGUGCAAAGAGUUUUGAAGUUGUACAAAUUAUUUAUGACAAAUUAUUGGAUAUAACAGGAAAAGUCCAUGUUCCAAUUGUAUUAGUAGGAAAUAAAACAGAUUUGUACGUAGAUCGAAUGAUAACAACAGAACAGGGCAAACGAUUAGCAGACUCGUGGCAUGCAGUUUUUUUAGAAACCUGUGCAAAAAAACACGAGUCUGUUGCGGAUAUUUUUCAUACAUUAUUGAUUGAAAUUGAAAAAGCAGAUGGAAAUGUACAAGAAAAAUCAAAUUGCAUUGUUUCUUGAGCUAUAUUAGCUGGAAAUCUCAUAAUGCAAUAUAAA